AGUUGUCAAAUAACACCCACCUGUGUCUGCUCAGCCCCUCAGGGACAGAGAAAGUCUCAGUCAUUACCUGCUGACUUCAGCAACUCCCCUGUGGGGGAGGAAGUGGCUCAACCCCACCCACGAUCCCUGUGCACGAAGCACAGGGAGCCAAUUUUCCCGGUUUUAAGAUGAAAUCUGGGCACUUUGAUCUGGUUUAUCAACUUGAUCAAACUGCCUGAUCAAAGCCAUGAAAUGCUGGUACAGCAGGAGGGGGAUGGGAUGCCAUGGGAUGCCCGGCACGUCCCUGCCCGGGCUGAUGGAGCUGCUGAGGUGGGGGAUUCAUCCUGCAGGAGCUGGGGUGGGAUUGUUUGUCCUUCUCAGCCUCUGUCAAAGGUUUUGGAAGUUCAGUUCUCCCUCCUGGCUCUGUCAGGGCCUCUCAUUCACUUUCUUUCCCACCUGCAGCUGUUGCUCAAAGCUGGAUGUCCAUCCCGAGUCCAUCCCGCUCAGCACCUUCUCCCAGGGACAUUUUGUUUUGAGCCUUCAUUUGCUUAUGGUGAACAAGACAAUUUUCUUUGCCUUUUCCCAUCAGAUUAGAUCCCUUUCCCUGCCUCCUCCUCUCUCUUCUGGCCAAUGUGUGGCUGAGCAGAGUUGGAGAGUAGGAGAGUCAUUAAAGCUGAGUGAUGAAAACUCAGGGUAUGAGCAAGUCCCUCCUCUCCCUAUCUCAGCUUCACUUAAGCCAGAUUGUGGAAAAGGUGCAAAGACCCAGGGGCAAAAGGGAGUUAACUGGGAACGGACACACUUAGUCUGGGAACUGGGAACUACGUUAGAGCUGGAAUUUCAUAAAACACCUUGCAGGUUAGGCAAGAGCUGCCUGCUUUUGAAAUGGAAGUGGGGUGGAUCCAGGUGCUGGGGAUGUUUGCAACAGAGCAAAAUUACAGCUGAGGAUUUUGGUGUCUGUGGCCUUGGAGCCUAAAUGUUGUGUCAGACCUGAGCUCACGAUCUCUCCGUGGUGAAUUGGGAAUGGCACAGUUUUUAUUAUUGCUUUGUGCCCUUGGCUUUUCCCAUCAGAGACACUCACCAGCUCUUGGAAGCCCCAGAUCACAGAUCUUUGCUCCCUCCAACUCCCUGACAGGAGAGAGGAGCCAGGGGUGGGGACAGGCUCUGCUCCCAAGGAACAAGGGACAGGAUGAGAAGAAAUGGCCUCAAGCUGCACCAGGGGAGGGUCAGGUUGGAUAUUGGGAAAAUUUCUUCAUGGAAAGGGUUGUCAGGUACUGGAAUGGGCUGGCCAGGGAGGUGAUGGAGUCCCCAUCCCUGUGGGUGUCCAAGGGACAACAGGAGGUGGCACUCAGUGCUCUGGGCUGGUUGACAAAGUGGGGAUUGGUCACAGGUUGGACUUGAUGAUCCUGGAGGUCUUUUCCAACCUUAAUGAUUCUGUGAUUUUGUGAAAGUCUUUGAAAAUUGCUGUCAGUGACUUAAAAUAAAGCUUUUCAGUGGUUUGUGAACUCACACACUCCCUUGUCCAUAGACAUUCUGGGUGGGUUUGGGAGGGCAGGGUUGUGUCAGAGGUUUUCCUGCAGCAGGAAUCUGAACAUGGCUUGGUUUGGGAGCCACAUCCAUCCCUGCAGGACAGUCACUGCACUCCUUUCUCUGGGGUUACAUUUUAGGAACCUCUCUCCUGGCAAGUCAGGAUGAACCAGUUGUGAGCAAAUCAACCUUCCCCCAACUGCAAAAGGCCAUAACUUAUACUGAUGAGAUAUAGGAGAGGUUAACAGGCAUUAGGAAGGGAACUGUUUGCUGGAUCAGACCUUGGAGAAGCCCAAAGCAGCUGUGGUUGGUCUCUAUAAACCAAUUCCAAAAGGAGCUGGUCUCUGCAGCACCAGUACAGAGGGUCCCGGUGCCAUGAUCCCAUGUGGGACGUGGGAUGUUUGUCUUUUCCAUGUGCUGGGGCAGGCACAGUGCAGAGGCUGUGGGAGAACCUUUGGCUGCCUCUGCUGUGGUUGCAGGGAAGCCCUGGGAGAGCUGAGCAGUGAGGCUGCAGUCACUCCUCUCCAGUUUGUCCAUGAAAGACAGGAGAAGAACGGUCCCUGGAUUAGCCACAGGAGCAGAGGGCACAGGCAAUGCCCUUUUUUAUUAUCAUGUUUCUUAAUAAAAUAUCACACAUUCUUGCCCAGUUUAUUGUCCUGGGGGGUUUGACCUUGUUCUUUAGGUUGCAGGUGAUGGUCAACAUGGUUUCAUGGGUCCUCGGAGCAUUUCCUUUUUAGAAUCUGCAGCUUUCAGUCCUGGCUGUAAUUCAAUGUCAUUAAAUAUCAAUUAUUUAAUACUGUUGCUCCUCUGAAGUGCUAGAGCAAGGCCUGUCAUGCAGAUGAUGAAUCACACAAGGUUUCUUUUUCAGCCCAGUCGUUCCAUCCAUUGCAAAGACCCUUUUCAGGCAGUGGUUUUAGGAGAUGAAAUGCACUUGGAGCAGUCCCAGGUUAAACUUGCAUUUUCCUGCUUCACUCCCUCCUUAUGCAGAUGCUGCCUGAACAUCUGCCUGCCUCUGGCCGUGAAAACCUUUGGAGGAGCUGCCCUUGCUUUGUUUAUCUUCUGGUCUAAAUUUGUGGCACUUUUCCCACUUUUCCCACUCUACAUGGGGAAUGUCCAGUUGCUCAGCUUGGUCCCUCCGAUGCCUGGAUGUGUGGUGCUUGCAUUACUGGUUUUCCCUUUGUGUCUCCUCCGUAACAGUAGUUUCUGAUUUCCUGGACAUCUUGCAGCCAGCUCACUUGGUGAAGCUCAGGUGAGACAGCCUGGGGUCAUAGAAUCACAAAAAUCAUGGAAUGGUUUGGGUUGGAUGAGACAUUAAAGCUCAUCUCAUUCCACCCCCUGCCAUGGGCAGGGACACCUUCCACUAGACCAGGCUGCUCCAAGCCCCAUCCAGCCUGGCCUUGGACACUUUCAGGAAUCCAGAGGCAGCCACAGCUUCUCUGGGCAACCUGUGCCAGGGCCUCCCCACCCUCACAGGGAUGAAUUUCUUCCCAAUAUCCCAUCUAAACCCACAGUGCCUCUGGGCGGGGUCUCUGCUGUCCCACACAUCCCGCUCCCUCCCACUAGAGAUUUUCUUAAAAGUCCUCAGGGUUCCUAUGCCCAGAGCCCCCAGAAGGGGGGCUGGCUCUCCAGGCACAUUCCAGCCCAGAUGCACCCAGCCCUUGCCCCCAGGCAGCUUUGCUAUUGCGUGUUUGCCCCUCCUGCCACCCAACUCCUACUCGGAGCUGCCGGCGUGUCCUUGCUAAACCGGCUUCCCACGGCGAGCUGAGCCCCGAGCAGGGAGCACAGCCCUGCUGCAGCAUCGCUCCCAAACCUCCUUCCAGCUGUGCACCACCCACAUGGAGCUGAUCCAGGGAGUCUCAACUCUGCUCCACAACACCGGGAGCUGGUGACUGGUUCCCUGCUCGGUGAGCGCGCUCCGGGCUGGAAGGAUGGAGCUUUUCCUCCUUCACUACCCAUUCACCUGCCUGUUCGUCGUGUUUCUAGUCCUUUACCAGGUGAAACCUGCAUUCAGAUUCUUCUGCAAGAUGACCUUCUAUAAGCUGUGGUUCUUCACCAUAAGCAUUGGGGUUGUUAUCCUCAGUAUUCCUCGGGGACGGAACGUGGAGAACGCGACGUUUUUUCGCACAUUGGCCCUGCCCCUCAAAUACAUCUUUGGUAUCCAGAUAGUGGUGAAGGGCAAGGAGAACCUCAGGACUAAGAAACCUUUCGUGCUGGUGCUGAACCAUCAGACCUCCCUUGACAUUCUGGCGCUGAUGGAGAUCCUGCCACACCGCUGUGUGCCCAUUGCCAAGAAGGAGAUCCUGUACAUGGGCACCUUCGGCCUGGCGUGCUGGCUGGCAGGGACCAUCUUCAUCGACCGCAAGGACAGGGAGGGCUCCAUCAACACCCUGACAGAGGUGGCACGAUCCCUGCACAAGGACAACUUGCGCGUCUUGAUCUUCCCCGAGGGAACUCGCAACCACGGGGGCUCCAUGCUGCCCUUCAAACGUGGGGCCUUCCAGCUGGCUGUGAAAGCCCAGGUUCCCAUCAUUCCUGUAGUGUUCUCAUCCUACAACAGCUUCUACAACCAGAAGGAGAAGAGAUUCACCCCAGGAAAACUCAUCAUCCAGGUCCUGCCAGAAGUGGAGACCCUCGGCCUGGGCCCGGACGAUGUCCCCAAGCUCACCGAGCAGGUCCGUGACUCCAUGCUCACCACCUACCAGGGGAUAUCAGGAAUGACGAACGGAGCUUCCCAUCAGUGAUCCCCUCUCCCAGCUCCAGCUGUGUGUGCCACAGCCGAGGGGGAGGCCAUGGCAACCACAGGAAGGCCUGGCAGCAGAGACAGCCGUGGAUUGCAACCUCGACGUACCAGAGACGGGCUAAACGUCCACCAAGGAGGAGAAGCUUCCAAGUGGAGGUGGUGAGAGGGUUUUGCCAUGUCCCUUCCAGGGAACUGUGCCACCUGCAUGGACUGACACACCACGGGCAGCUGGACAUUCCUGUCCUCAUAACCAUGGGAACAUGUCUCCAGCUGGACCCCAGGCAGAGCUGGACCCUUCCUGGGAUCAUCACUGCCUGCUUAUCACCACCUUUUCCUAUUCAGAGCCAACAAGGUGGAGACAUCUAUCCCAAUCCUGUGGCCAUCCUGCCUGAGGAGGUGGCUGCCUUGGGGUUGGAGGGCUGCCCCACUCCCCUGGAAGCACACUCAGGAGAAGGCACUGUCUCCCACCUUUUCCGUGGGGAGGAUUUGGGAGGAAGCCAAGGCAACUUUGGGAGAGGGGAAUUAAAGCCCUUACAUGUCUGCA